GCAAAGAUGAUUGCAACAACGGUGUGCUUUUACUUGGUGCUCUUGGCCAUUCUCAUGGUGUUCCUGUCCCCGUCGGCGGAGGGUUGCUUUAUCCUGCUGGCGUGCCUCCUGGAAUCACCAUUGUGUCCAUUCAACACCACUGCUUUAGGAUGAUAAAGUUAUCUAUUAGCCCCUUUGUAGCCUUUUCCCACGCCCAAUAAAUACGAUUAUGAAUUGAGAAAAUACAUUUAAUCAUGAUGGAACUACAAUAUAGAGAAUAAAAACCUC